AUGGUGUUCUUUCAGUUGUUGAGUCUCCUUCUCUUCUUCCUUUUUUCUCCAUCAACCUCUUUACCUGCCCUGCCUUCUCCCUUUGCUCGUCCUUCGCCACUGUCUCAUCCCCAUGAAAGCACUGCUUUGCUUCAGUUCAAGAACUCCUUUUCCAUAAUCAAUGAUAGUUCUUAUUGUGAUAAGUACUAUGGAAUAAUUGGUAAUCCUAAUAGUACAAUGUCUUGGAAUAUGAGCAGGGAUUGCUGCACAUGGAGUGGAGUCACAUGUGAUGAAGUCACAGGUCAUGUCAUUAGGCUUGAACUUGGAUGCAGCGGGCUCCGAGGCAUUAUCCACUCCAACAACAGUUUGUUCCUUCUCACUCAUCUUCAAACUCUUAUUCUCUCCCAGAAUUAUUUUAGUGGCCAAGUCCCUCUAGAAUUCUCUUACUUGUCUCGUUUGAUUACACUUGAUCUUAGUAGUUGGAGCAAUGAUUUGAGACUAGAGACUUUUAGUUUGAAACGAAUUGUUGCAAACUUAACAAGUUUGAGAGAGUUGUCAUUGAGUGGUGUCAAUAUGUCUUCUGUAGCUCGUAAUUCCUUCAUGAAUUUGUCGGAGUCACUGAUAUCUCUUGAUCUUAGUGAUACUGAAAUGAAAGGGGAAUUUCCAGGAAAUAUUUUUCUCCUACCAAACCUUAAAGAGCUCGACCUAUCGUACAAUUAUAAUCUCACUGUGGAAUUGUCUUCAUGCAAUAUCACUGGGUUCCCACACUCUUUAAGAAUAUCAGUGGAUUCUAUCAACUCCAUCACCUACGUUUUGCCCAAUACCCUUCGGUAUUUGCAAUUGUCUUCAUGCAAUAUCACUGGGUUCCCAUACUCUUUAAGAAGCUUGGAAAAUUUAGAAUACUUGGACCUUUCCAGCAACAGAAUUGAUGGGAGUGUUCCCCAAUGGUUGUGGAACGUUGGGAAGGAUUCAUUGUGGAAUCUGAAUAUUUCUCACAACCUCUUAACUCAUAUUGGGAAAAUUCCAUGGAAAAGUCUAUCGUAUAUUGACCUUAGCUCCAACAGGCUUCAAGGUCAUCUUCCAAUUCCACCACCUUCAACUUCUCUGUUUUCAAUCUCAAACAAUCAAUUGGUUGGAGAGAUACCUUCUCUGUUUUGCAACCUUACCCCGAUUGUAGUUCUUGAUUUGUCAAACAACAGCUUGAGUGGGAACAUCCCACCAUGCUUUGGAAAUUUUAGCAGAAUCUCUGUUUUAGAUUUGCGAAUGAAUAAGUUUCGUGGAGUGAUUCCUCCAACAUUUGCAAAAGGAAACAGCUUGAGGAAUCUUAACCUCAACGGAAAUUUGUUGGAAGGGCCGUUGCCUCAAUCUUUAGUCAAUUGUGAAAGGCUGGAAAUUUUGGAUGUCGGGAACAACAAGCUGAACGGGUCAUUUCCCCAUUGGUUGGAAUCUCUUCCGGAGCUUCAAGUUCUUAUAUUGAGAUCUAACAGACUUUCUGGUCCUCUAAGUAAUCCCAAGGUGAGAUUUCCCUUUCAAAAAUUGAGAAUCAUGGACAUCUCUAACAAUGAUUUCAACGGUACUUUGCCGACACAAUAUUUUGAGAAUUUGGUGGCCAUGAUGGAUGCUUAUGAAGAUUCCUUAGUGUACAUGGGAGAACGAGAUGUUGGUGCGAUCUAUUAUUCUGUGACAGUGACAAUUAAAGGAUUCGACACUGAGCUAGUGAAAAUACAAAAACUGUUCAUAACCAUUGAUUUCUCAAGUAAUAGCUUCACAGGAGAGAUUCCAACAGUGAUCGGGAAGCUUAAUUCACUCAAAGGCCUUAAUUUUUCUCACAACAAGCUAUCCGGUCUUAUUCCACCAUCCUUGGGAAACUUGAGCAACCUUGAAUGGUUAGAUCUCUCAUCAAACGAGCUUUUUGGAAACAUCCCAUUGCAACUAGCUGCAGAUUUGUAUCAACUUCAAAUAUUUAAUCUUUCCGAUAACAAAUUAGAGGGACCAAUACCUCGCGAAAGGCAAUUCGAUACGUUCAACAAUGAUUCAUACCACGGAAACGUGGGAUUAUGUGGAUUUCCUCUGUCUAAAUCAUGCAGCAAUGAUGGUGCACAACACGAUCAAGGUGGUGAUGAUGAUGGAGAUCACAACAAUGGAAUGAUUGAUUGGAAGGUGGUGAUGAUGGGACAUGGAAGCGGAACGGUGAUCGGAAUAUCUGUCGGAUACAUGAUCCUUUUCAGCAGAAGCUUCAAUUAUUGGUUUCACAAAAGAUUUGGAAGGGGACGACGCCGCAAAAUCAAUGCUCGCUUAAGACAAAAGAGAAGAUUAAACUGGAAGGUGGUGAUGAUGGGAUAUGGAAGCGGAACGGUGAUCGGAAUAUCUGUCGGACACAUGGUCCUUUUCAGCAGAAGCUUCAAUGAUUGGUUUCACAAAAGAUUUGGAAGAGGACGACGCUGCAAAAUCAAUGCUCGCUUAAGACAAAAGAGAAAGAUUAAACCAGCAAGCAAAGGAAAACACAAUCGGGCCAUGAGAAGUAAUGUAAGUUUGUAUUGA